UCAACUUCUUUCUCUUUGAAAUCUCUCUAGAACUCUGAAGAAAAGCUUUUUUUUUUUCUUCUUCUUCUUCUUCUUCUUCUUCUUCUUCUUUUCGUAAUGAAUUUUUUCUUUGAGGAUAGAGCGAUGGAUUUCCAUAGUCUAACAAGGAGACAGCUACAAUCUCUUUGUAAGAAGAAUAAAAUUCCAGCCAAUAUGACUAACGUCGCCAUGGCCGAUGCACUUUCUUCUCUAACUACUGUUGAGGGGAUUGAAGACAUUGGAAAAUCUAUGCCCGAGACACCACUCACCACCAGGAAAACCACCACUGCAAGAAAACCAGUUAAACGUGAAACUGAUUUGGUCGAAACUUCUAAUAGUGUUGCUAGACAUAAUCGUGCACCUUUAGCAGGAAAGCCAUCUGGAUCACAGAUUAUUAUACCCAGUACUCCAGCAACAAGAAGUUGUAGGAAAAAGGUUACUGGAGCUUUGGUUUCUCGUAAAAGUGUGUGCAAGAUUGAGGAAGAUAGUGAUGUGGGGAAGGAAGUUCCUGUGGUUGAUAAUGUGUAUAGUACGAGGCGAUCGACCAGAUUGCAGCAGAAAUCUGGAGUUAAAGUUUCUGUGUGUGACCAGAAGGUAGGAGGAGGAAGAAAUGAUGCUAUUAAAAUUGAAAUGUUGUCUGAAGAAGAAAAUGAUGGGGACACAAAGUCUGAAGUAACUAGUGAUGUUCAACAGGAAAAUGAUGUUGUUAAGAUUGAAAUGGUGUCCGUAGAAGAAGAUGAAUCAAAGCCUGAAGUUACUAGUGAUGCCCAACAGAAGAACGAUGCUGUUAAGAUUGAAAUGUUUAUUAAAGAGGAAAAUGAUGAGGCAAUCAAGUCACAGUCUGAAGUAACUAGUGAAAUUCAACAGACAAAUGAGGGAAUUAAGGUCGAGGUUUUGAAAGAAGAACAAGAUGAUGUUGAUUCUGGAAAUUUGUCUAAUACUGUGGACUUCGUUACAUCGUUGGUGUUGGAGAAAUCUAGAGAUUUGGAAGAUGGUGAUCAAGAUGCUGCUUCUGAAGGUUCUUCUUCUACUCUGAUCAUGAGAGAGGUCUCUAGGGACAACAUUUCUGAGGUUCUUGAUGGAUGCACUUCUGAAGUUUUUUCUGCUCCCAUGAUAUCUAUAGAUGAAUCAACAGACAUUGCUCUUCAAAAAUCUUCCCCAGUGGAGGAGGAAACUGAACAACCUAAAUACAAAAGCAUGGUAAGUGAAAAUCAACCCAUGGAAAUCAAUGAGGUUGUAGACUGUAAGGGCGCUCAGGAUUUGGAAUUGAAGUUCAUAGAUGAGAAUGAAGAGGACUGUAAGCUCACAUCUGAGGUUGAGCUUUACGAUGUCAAGGGCAACGAAGUUUGCACUUCUGAAGUUUCUUCUGCUCCUAUUAUGUCUUUAGAGGAGUCCAUGGACAUUGCUGAUGUUCUUAGUAAAUUUUCUCUAAUGGCUGAAAAUUUUAUAGACAAAAAUGAAGAUAAAAACAUAGAAAGCGAAAAUCAAUCCGUAGAAACUUAUGGAGUUGAAACAGGGGUCACUAAUGAUUUGGAAUUGAUGUGCACACACGUGGAUGGGAAUAGUGGUGUCAGGUUUACUGAAGUUGAAGCAAUAUAUGCAGAUGGAUCUUCUUCAAUGGUGGUGAAGACUGAAAGGUUGGGAAAUAUAAAUGAGGUUGUUGUUGGAGUGAAGGCCGCUCUUGAUUUGGAAUCGAAGUUCACAGAUAACAGUGAGCCUAGUGAUGUAAAAUUCACUGAAGUUGAAGACACUGAUGUAUCUUCUCCAGUGGUGGAGAUAACUGAAAAUUUGGAAUCGAGGUGCACACACGAGGAUGAGAAUAGUGGUGUCAGGUUUACUGAAGUCGAAGCAAUAUAUGCGCCUAGUGAUGUAAAAUUCACUGAAAUGGAAGAUAUACACACUGAUGUAUCUUCUCCAAUGGUGGAGAUAACUGAAAAUUUGGUAGACUCAAUGGUGUUUGAAGUUAAGCCCGCUUCUGAUUUGAAUUUGAAGUACGCAGACGAGGACGAGUUUGGUGAUUUCAAGGUGACUAAAGUGGAUCCGUUCUAUGCUGACGAAUGUUCUCCAAUGGUGGAGGAAGCUGAAAAUUUGGAAGACUCAAGUGUGGUUGCUGAAGUUGAGGCUGCUCCUGAUUUGGACUCGAAGUUUGUAGAUGAGGACGAGCUUAGUGAUGUCAAUGUCUCUGGCGUCAAAGCAAACUAUGCCGACGUUUCUUCUCCAAUGGUAGAGGAAACUGAUAAUUUGGACAACUCAAAUGCGGCCACUCCUGAUCUGGAAUUGAAGUUAGGAGAUGAGAAUGAGCUUUGUGAUAUCAAGGUUUCUGAAGUCAAAGCAACACAUUCUGACGAAUCUUCUUUAAUGGUGGAGAAAGCUGAAAAGUUGGAAGACUCAAAUGUGGUGGUUGAAAUUAAGCCCGCUGAUGAUUUGGAAUUGAAGUUCAUAGAUGAGGAUGAGCUUAGUAAUGUCAAGCUCGCUGAAGCUGAAGCAAUCUAUGCUGAUGAAUCUUCUCCAAUGAUGGAACAAACUGAAAAUUUGGAGAGCUCAAAUGUCGAGAAGGAGAAGAGUAAGCGCAUAUUUGAGGCCUCUAAAGCUGAAGAAUUUGAAUCCAUGAAAGACUCGAUUAAGGAAGUCAUGAGUAGUCUGGAAGAUAAAGAAUGUAAUUUAGAGGCUCAGCAAGAGGAUAUAGUUUUAACUGAGGUUGAAGCUGCCAUCAAUGAUGGAUCAGAAAUUCAGAUGGUAGGUCUGGAAAAAUCUGAUUCAAUUUCAGAUGAUCUUGAAAUGGCAGCUAUUUUUGAUGAUGAUUGGUUGUCUGAUGAUGAAACAUCUUCUUAUGAGUCUGAAGAUGAUUUUGAUACCAAGGCACCUAAUUCUGAUAUUAUGGAGGAGAUGGAGGAUACUGAGUCAGAUGCUGAAGAGGAGAUCUUAGCUGCUGCCGAGGAGAAUGAGGACUGUUCCGGGGUUGACAUUUCAAAUGCUGUUGAGGAGUACUCCAUCUCUCCAUCAGUCAAUGAUCCAACUGUGAACGAGACUGUAAUGUCUGUUGCAACUCCUACCAAAACUAUUGCUUUAGAGAAUGUGGUACGAGGAACGACACCCUUGAAAUCAUCUACCAAGAAGAAUGCUGCUACUACUCCCAGAAGUUUUAUCAUUUUCAAUGAAAGCAAGGAGAUCAAUGAAAGCGGCAAACUCGGUGCAAGAAGUACUUCUAAGGUGGCAGAUAAAAUAGUACCUACAGAGAAGGAGAACACAGGUGAAAGCACUGCUCAAAGAAAAUUGAAGGCUACAAGUGUAAGACAACUAAAAAAGAUGAUCAAACAACUCACUCUCAAGGACAAUAAGAAUACCAUUGUCGAGGAGCAGGUGCAUUUGGGGAAAAAGCCUGCACUACAAUACAAUAAAAAAACCACUGUCAAGGAGCAGGUGAAGGUGGGGAAGAGGGCUGCACUACAACAAUUGACCGAUAACUGUUUGGCGGAUGAGAAACAAAAGUGAAUUGUUCUCUACAUAGUACUGUUUGAUUGGGAUCUAUCUAUGAAAAAAAAAGUGUGGGAAGUGAAUAUGUGAAGAGUUUUUUUUUUUUUUGGUUGAUGAGGUUCAUAUAUUGUUAACCUCAUUUUUCAGCAGUGUUUUCUUUUUUGUGCAGUUGUCUGUUUGGCCUUAUAAUGACGAACAAAGGAGUCAAUGAACAAUUGAUUUAAGGUUUUACUUUUGCAA